AUGUUGGAAUUUUCAUUAAAUGCAAAAGCUCGCCUUAAUGCAUUACUCAAAUAUUCACGACCAAUUGGUAUCGAUAAACGAGAACGAGCAUUUGUUGUUGUACGAAAAACAACGCACGAAUAUUCACCAAAAACGGGGGAACAACUGUGCGAGAAAAUGCGAGAAAGGAGACGAACAUCCCUGAAAAGACGAUUGAAGGAUCGUGAUCACAAACAAUGCAGCGAUGAACCGAUUUGA